AUGGACUUAAACUCGAUCUUUGAAACAAUAAAUUCUGUAGAAAAAGGCGAUGAUAAUGAUGGGUUUUACGAUAACUUGUACGAAAUACUUGGUUGCACUUCUUCUUGUACUACAGAGCAAAUUUCUGCGGAAUAUAAAAAACGCGCGCUAAAUUGUCAUCCUGAUAAAGUUAAAAAAGAUGAAAAUACUGAAAAGCAAUUUUACCAAUUAUCAACUGCUUAUACUAUCCUAACUGACGAUGUUGAACGCUCUCAAUACGAUAAAUGGCGUUCAAGUUCAAUUAAGAUUCCUUACAAAAUGUGGAAAGAUUUAGUUAUUAAAAAAGGACAUACUAUUCAUUGGAAAUCACCACCAAAACAACCACUUAAAAUAACUGAUUCUUCAUCUACUGAACUUUCUUCUAAUAAUAUUAAUCAUAAUAUUUCUUCUCGUACUACUUAUAAAGGAAAAAAAUGUCGUCAAAAUGAUUUAUACGAAAAAUUUAGAAAUUAUGAAAUAUAA